CGUCGCUUGUGCCUUCAUAUCUUUGUUUUUCAUUUCUGCCAACAUCACAAUCCAGUACAUGGCUCUUGUAGCUGGGCCUGGCGUUGGUGGAACCCGCCCAUCAACUGAUCAGCUACCAGCAGAGCUAAGUCUCGUCGUUGAGAAACAUGUCAGAUAUAUUCAGAGUUUAGACACACGAAAGGAUGAACUCGACUACUGGUUGACGGAGCAUUUGAGACUCAACGGCGUGUAUUGGGGCCUAACGGCCCUUCAUCUUCUGCGCCGUCCAGAUGCAUUGCCUCGUGAUAAGACCAUCGAGUUCGUCUUUGCCUGUCAGAAUGAGGAUGGUGGUUUCGGCGCUGCACCCGGACAUGACUCCCAUAUGCUGUAUACCACGAGCGCCAUUCAGAUCCUGGCGACAGUUGAUGCCCUUUCCGAACUCGACACUGCACGAAGAAGGGGAAAGGAGCAGGUUGCCAAAUAUAUCGCCGGCCUUCAAGAUACGCAGACUGGCACCUUUGCUGGAGAUGAAUGGGGCGAAACUGAUACACGGUUUCUUUUCUGUGCAUUCAUCGCUCUUUCAGUUCUCAAUAUGAUGCACUUCGUGGACGUUGACAAGGCCAUCUCUCACAUCCAAGCGUGUGCAAAUUUUGAUGGCGGUUUCGGUACGUCCCCGGGUGCCGAGUCUCAUGCUGGACAGAUUUACACCUGUGUGGGCGCCUUGACCAUAGCUCGACGACUUGAUCUGGUGGACGUUGGCCGUCUGACUGCUUGGCUGAGCGAACGACAACGGCCUAAUGGCGGGCUCAAUGGUCGCCCCGAAAAACUCGAGGACGUCUGCUACAGCUGGUGGGUCUUGAGUAGCCUUGCCAUGCUGGGAAAGCUACACUGGAUCGAUGCCGAGGCGUUGACCAAGUUCAUCCUCAGAUGUCAAGACUCGGAAGAAGGUGGCAUUUCAGACAGACCAGGCGAUAUGGUGGACGUGUUUCAUACCGUAUUCGGAGUUGCAGGUCUGAGCUUGCUGAAAUAUCCAGAUUUAGUAGAGGUUGAUCCGACCUAUUGUAUGCCCCGGGCAGUGAUAAAGGCGUUGCCAUAUCAUCAGUCUUGAGUAUGCUGCGGUGCAAAAUGCACCUCUUGCAAUCUAAUAACCCACUUGAAGUACUGCUUGAGAGAUGGGAUACAAGGCAAGAGAAGAACAACAGUCUACCAUGAACUAUAUCCGCUUCAACACCUCACAUUCCUCGCUUUGGAGGAACCAUAGACAUGGUGAUACACCUUCCUACAUACAAAACACCAUAACGGCAAGUAAAGCCUCUGGGGAGGAGAUUUCUACCUACCUAGGUAGAUGUCGAUGUCA